GGCGCUUUGGGCGGUUGGAGCUGGUUGCUGUGGUUACCGAGGCCUAGUGGGUCGUCUGCACUGUGCGAAACCCGAGCUUGAUUGGAGUUUAAGGCCCCAUCAAACUGAUCGAGGGAUGGAUUCGCGGUUCUUCAAAAACCCCUAUUUGGACUAUGAGAGCCCAGCAUCUACCGAAAGCCUGUUCGACUCCACAGGACAUUUAACCAGCAGCUUCAUUCAACAUCUGCAGAGCAAGAUCAGUGAUUUUCUGCAGUAUAUGGAAAAUGGGCUUUUAAAAGCUGAUCAGACUGAUUGCAGCACCUACACUGGAUGGGCAGGGAUUGCCUUGCUGUACCUACACUUGCACAAUGUGUAUGGUGAUCAGAAUUUUCUGCAAAAAGCUGCUGAGUACGUAAAUAAAAGCUUGAAAUGCCUUACUAGGCGCGUGGUGACUUUCCUGUGUGGUGAUGCAGGACCCCUGGCCAUAGCUGCAGUUGUGUGCCAUAAGCUGCAGCAAAUACAAGAAUCGGACAACUAUGUCAACCAGCUUCUCCAUCUACGUCAAUCUGCAGUGAAGUCAAGUUCAAAAUUACCAAAUGAGCUACUGUAUGGUCGGAUGGGUUAUCUGUAUGCAUUACUAUUUGUUAAUGAGCAGUUUGGCAGUGAGAGGAUCCCUUUGCAGUACAUGAAAGAGAUCUGUACUGCUGUUAUAACUUCUGGAGAAAAACUAGGCAGCAGAACAAGUUAUUCCAAAAGUCCAUUGAUGUAUGAAUGGUACCAGGAGCAUUAUGUUGGAGCAGCUCAUGGCUUAGCAGGAAUCUAUUACUUCCUGAUGCAGCCAGAGUUGGGGGUCGAACAAGAUAUACUCCUAAAUCUGGUGAAGCCCAGUGUGGAUUAUGUAUGUCAACUGAAAUUUUCAUCUGGAAAUUAUCCUCCAUGUAUUGGUGAAUCCAGAGAUAAUCUAGUUCAUUGGUGCCAUGGGUCACCCGGAGUCAUUUAUAUGCUCAUACAAGCCUAUAAGACGUUCAAGGAUGAAAAAUACCUGAAAGACGCUUUUGAUUGCACUGAAGUAAUUUGGCAGAGAGGACUGUUAAAGAAAGGAUAUGGACUAUGCCACGGGCCUGCAGGGAAUGCUUAUGGAUUUCUAGCCAUGUUCAAUCUUACUCAAGAUAAGAAGUAUUUGUACAGAGCCUGCAAGUUUGCAGAAUGGUGCCUUGAUUAUGGGAAACAUGGCUGUCGGACACCGGACUCUCCUUUCUCCCUGUUUGAAGGAAUAGCAGGAACUAUUUACUUCCUUGCUGACAUGCUGCAGCCCACAAAGGCGAAGUUCCCUGCAUUUGAAGUAUAAAUCAGACAUGGUAUGAAUAUAAGCUACUGGAUGUGAUACAAUCUUCCCUUUUGCAUGUUGCAUAUUUCUGUUUUGGAUGUGGAACAUACUGCCAAUGGAGAGAUUCACUUAACCCAUUAGUAGUGCUCCUCUGCUAACUCUAAUGUCUUAAGAGGAAUGUAGCGAAAUAUUUCUCUUUCUGUACUGCGGUGUCUGCUAGCCACAGAUGCCAUGAGUUCUCAAAGCUUUGAGUGACUUUGAGUAGCCAUAUUAUAACAGUUCUGACAAUGCUGCACAUUAAAUCAGUUUAAAACCUUUGUUUGGUGUGUUUAUCCGAAACAUAAUGACAAAUUAGAACAGCGGUGUGUACAAUUUUGUUUCGUAUAUUUAAGUAUUUUUGCCAUCAUUUAUUAUAGCUUUAUAAUCUUUGAAGAUCAGUUCCUCAAUAAGGCAAGUGAUUGUAUGAAGUAUGACAGUUGUUGAUUGUUGAAAACCAAGACACAUGAACGUACAUUUCAAAAAUGAUACCUAUACAAGAUGUGGAAAAUGUAAUAAAAAAAAACACGUCACUCAAUUACCAACAUAAAAUACAUUAUUUUGUGAUUGUAGCAAUCUUAAAACUGGUAUUGAGAACUGGCCAGUGAGGAAAAACUAUUGUUAACAUGUGCUAUUUUUGUAUUGAUUGCUCUGGUUUAGUCUGUUGUUUGCAUAAUAAGUAUAUUGCAUUCUAUAAAUAUAUUGUUUAACUUUGAUUCAACAUUGCUGAUGUUAAGUUUUAAAUCUCUGGCAUGAUGUGGGAAGUAUAUAGUACCAUAUUUACUGAAAACUGAGUAACUGCAGGAUAUGGAUAUCCUUUCUACUCUACAUUAUGUGCUAAGUUGAUUUUAUCUCAAAAUGUAUGACUUAAUUGAGGGAAAGCAACUUGCCAAUAGAAGCAAAUUAAAAUUUCUUCAAAUACAUUGGUUGU